AUGCUAGCUGUAACGAGAGCGAGACAGAUUGCUAGACAUAAAAUACUUGAAGGCAUAAGUUCAAAAUACAGGAUGUCGACUGGAUCGUUAGUUGAAAAGGCUAAGAAGACUGCUGCUUACAAAGCAGUAGACGAGAACUUCCCACAUGAUGCCAAAGUUGUCGGUAUUGGAUCUGGAUCUACUGUUGUUUAUGUUGCUGAAAGAUUGGGGCAGAUGAAGAAAAAGGAUAGUUUUAUUUGUAUUCCCACAGGAUUUCAAUCGAAACAAUUGAUUAUAGACGAAGGCUUGCGAUUAGGAGCUGUUGAACAGUUUCCUAAAAUUGAUGUUGCAUUCGACGGUGCAGACGAGGUUGAUACUGAAUUAAACUUGAUCAAGGGAGGUGGGGCAUGUCUAUUCCAAGAGAAGCUUGUGGCUGCUUCAGCAGAUAAGUUUAUUAUAGUUGCGGACUAUCGUAAGCGCUCCACAAGCAAAUUGGGCAUUAAUUGGACAAAAGGUAUUCCUAUUGAAGUUGUUCCGAACUCCUAUGUGAAGGUUUCAUCCGAGUUGAAAAAAUUAGGUGCUAGGGCGACUAACUUAAGACAAGGUGGUUCUGCGAAAGCUGGUCCUGUCGUGACUGAUAAUAACAAUUUUUUGAUUGAUGCAGAUUUUGGAGAAGUUCAGGACCCUAAAACUUUACACAAGAACAUCAAGCAGUUAGUGGGAGUUGUAGACACAGGAUUAUUUGUAGAAAUUGCAGAUAGAGCUUACUUCGGAGAAGAGAAUGGAGAUGUAAGUGUAAUGACUCGUUAG